AUGGUGCGGCUUAAGAAUCGCUAUUUGCUGGUCAAUAUCCUAUAUCCCGAAUUGGAGAAGACUACGACACCAAAAUCGAAUGCGGUAUCUGAUGUCGUCGCCAUCAACCAGCCGACCACGAACGCAUUAACACAGCAUGCAUUGCUAAAGGGCAUUCGGUCGCAAAUCCUAGAGCUAUUUGGCGAUUAUGGAUCGGGCGCUGUGUCAGAAAGCCUCUGUGUCAAAUACCUGUCACCGGCCACCUCGACCUUCAUAUUACGAGUAUCUCGAGCGCAUUAUCGAAUCGCAUGGGCAGCUCUGUCAUUUAUGAGGCGUGUCCCGGUAAAAGAUGGAAAGGAUUGCGUGUUUAGGGUUGUGAGAGUUAGUGGCACGAUCAGAAAAGCGGAGGAGGAAGCAAUUCGCAGAGCAAAAGAGAUCAUUGUCAAGGCCAAACGGGAGCUUGGGGAACAGGGCGAAUCAACCUUGGAUAAUAUAUUUGGCAAAGCGGCGGAAGCCGAUUCCGCUAAAGAUUGA